AUGAAGAAAGCAGCCCAGGACAUUGUUGAGAAGUACUACACAUGCCCGGGCAAUGACUUCCAUGUGAGCAAGCAUGUGUGUGAGGAGAUCGCCAUUAUUCCCAGCAAGAAGUUCUACAACAAGGUAGCCAGCUAUGUCAUGCAUCUGAUGAAGCAAACCCAGAGGGACCCAGUGAGAGGCAUCUCCAUCAAGUUGCAGGAGGAGAGAGAAAGGAGUAACAAUUACAUUCCACAGGUCUCAACUGAGGAUCAGGAGGUCACUGAAGUAGACCUUGACACUAAGGAAAUGCUGAAGCUUUUGGACUUUUGA